CCGGGGACGGCGCCCUUCAAUCAGGCGAGAGAGGCUGAGCUCGCAGCAUUGCAGCAGGGGCUGCAACCCCUGUCUUCUGAUGCGUGUUUGCUCUGCAGAGGAGAGGCCUGAGUACCGUGUUGCGUUGCUUGCUGUCGGUGAGGUAUACAAGAGAGACCAAUCCAGGGGGCUUUCCCAACUCUUCAUCAUUGAAAAGAAACCAUACCUCAACGCUUCAGCUACAUUGAGAUACUUCGAUGGCGUCAGUCAGCUGGUCGCAGUCUAUAAACGAAGUUCUGCAACAGAUCCAGGACCAAAUCGACGUCUUCGAUGGACUCGUCACCACUUUGAGGCAAUGGGUGGACACCAUCGACCCAUUGACCUACAAGUCCGAAGCCUGGACAGAGGAGAUGAAAAAGGCCUAUGAGGAAUACAAGACGCAGGAAAAAGUGCUCGGAAAGAAGAAGAAUGCUAUUAAAGACCUUUUGCCGUCCUCUCAGGCUCCCGAAGAAUCCUUGAACAAAGCAUGGCUAGCUGUUGACUGGGCAAAGGCUGCGCUGGCAGCCACCGAGGGACGACUUAAUUUUGUCCAGUCGUACAAGAAUGCCUUCCAAGACAUAGACAGUAUCAAUGGUCAUAUUCAAGCUGGCGAGGAUUGUCUGAAAAGCGCUAAAAUAGCGUUUGAGAAGGGAGAGAAACAACUUAAAGAUCUUUGGAGACGCUGGCUCAAGGACAGGUCUGCAUAUUGAUAUCAGAGAUGUCUUGAACGUGAUUUGGCUCUGGUGGUAUAGGACUAUCUUAUAUCGUUAUAUAUCUAUCCAUGUUUCUGGCUAGAAUACAUGAUGCCUGGUUGCUGCUGCCAGUGUUGAGAGGACUGAGUUAGAGAGAGCAUCUUCUG